CCGUUCUAACAGUUCCUGAAUUUCUUGACGGUGAAAGCGCGACAACAAUCUGUGAAGUGCGGAAUGCUUUCCCGGCUCCGGUAAUAGAAAUACAUAUUGGCAAUGUUUUGCUAUCUGAUGUUCAACAAACUGAUUUGUUUAAUGGAUCUUCUCAUACUUUUACAAGCACAGCUAAGGUAACAACGACUUACAAACUGUGGAGUGGAACAGUAAUGUGUUGCACCAGGAAAAGUAUUGACGACUUUGGAAUAGCAGAUCAUUCCAUAUGCAAAAGCAUCAGUGUCAAAUGUAGUCCAUCCCAUGAAAAGGACAUUCAAACAUUGUUUUCAACCUUUCGAUUCCUAGUAAACAAUGUACUUAUUGGGGCAGCCAUUUUCUGUGGACUCUGCAUCUUGUUUGCAAUCGGAAGAUGUAUAUUUCUUAAAGGACGAAAGGACAACGGAGUCAACACAAUAGAAAUUGUUGAACAUCCCAGCGAAACGGCGUCGGAUAAUGGUGUGCUACACAUGGAAACGGAAGGAGUCCAGUACGCAGUCGUGCAGAGGCAGGCGGCAACACAGAGAAUUGAAACACAGCAACCAAGUGAUGAUGACGGCCUAGCAUACGCCGAGUUGGACAUCACGUUCCUACAGGAAGCUAACGCCAGAGUUCCGGCAAGGAGAACAAAUACGCCGACGGAGUAUGCUGACAUUGAGAUCCCCUCAACACAGGACCCUGCUUGAGAAGAUCCUGUGUCCCACAAUGCAUCAACGUUGUGCUAGAUCAAAGGACAAAAACAAUCGUAGAGUGUCUAUUUUUAAUUCCUCAUGAUUAUGUCUGAAAUGUUUACGUUUUCUAUUGUAUAUUAUACUAAUAAAUAUUGUUUCAACCAAUGAAAACAAAAACCAAAACCACUAUUUGGAAUA